UUUCAAGCCCUUGGCCAGCGGGGCAGCCUGACUAACCAGCUCCUCCAGGCCCACGAUGUUGGGGGAGGGGGUGUAGCCUGAGGCAGCCAGACCAGCCCCAGGCUGUGGACGUGGAAGAGGCGAGAUGGGUGCUCUACAGGCCACCAUGGGGCUCCCCUGGAGACAGCCUCGCCCUUGGCCUCUGCUCCUUGUGGUGCUGGUCUGCCCCCAGGCCUGCAUGAGCCUGGACCUCAUCCCCUACACACCGCGGAUAACAGCCUGGGACCUGGAAGGGAAGGUCACGGCCACCACGUUCUCCCUGGAGCAGCCCCGCUGUGUCCUGGACGAGCAUGCCAGGGCUGCCGACACCAUCUGGCUGGUGGUGGCCUUCAGCAACGCCUCCAGGGGCUUCCAGAACCCCCAGACACUGGCUGAGAUCCCAGCCUCCCCACAGCUGCUGAGGGAUGGCCAUUAUAUGACGCUGCCCCUGACUCUGGACCAGCUGCCCUGUGAGGACCCAGUGGGUGGCGGCAGGGGCGCCCCGGUGCUUAGGGUCGGCAAUGAUGCCGGCUGCCUUGCUGACCUCCAUCAGCCACGCUACUGCAACGCCCCCCUCCCCGGCCCUGGACCUUACAGGGUGAAAUUCCUCCUGAUGGACUCCAGGGGCUCACCCCAGGCGGAGACAAGGUGGUCCGACCCCAUCGCUCUCCACCAAGGGAAGCCCCCAGGCUCCAUCGACACGUGGCCAGGGCGACGAAGUGGUGACAUGGUCGUCAUCACCUCCAUCCUCUCCUCUCUGGCCGGCCUCCUGCUCCUGGCCUUCCUGGCAGCUUCCAGCAUGCGCUUCUCCAGCCUGUGGUGGCCGGAGGAGGCUCCGGAGCAGCUGCGGAUCGGCUCCUUCAUGGGGAAGCGCUACAUGACCCACCACAUCCCACCCAGCGAGGCUGCCACCCUGCCCGUGGGCUGCGAGCCUGGCCUGGAACCGCUCUCCAGCCUCAGCCCCUAGCCUGGCCCGUACAGCUGGGGCUGGGGCUGUGGGGGCCUGUAGGGAUGAGUGCACGGUGCACAACCGCAGCCCCUGCUCUCACACGCCCCUCCCCCAUCGCACCUCCCAACCCUGCCUGAAAUCCCACCACCAGCAGCCCUGCCUUUGGCUUUCCCAUUUCCCCCUCUCCAGGCAGUGAAGCUGCAUUCAGUGUUGGGCUGCGGUCGGGCCAGGCAUCCAUGCCCCACCUGCAUCCCUUCCUCUGUUCUGCCUGCCUCAAGCGAGGCUGGAGGUGAUGUGGAAAGACUGCCCUGACAGGAAGCUUCCAGGCCCCUGGAGAUCGCCUGCAGGGGACCUUGUCUGGCCUGUACAGGGGGCUGGGCUGGGCUGGGCCGGACCCACCCACCAGCGACUGGGGCUGCAGUGGAGCCUUUAGAGGCAACUCCAUUGUCCCUGGAUGUGGGCCCUUUCUGAGGGUGGCUGGAAGAUCAGACAGAGUGUAGACACACAGUAUGACUUUCCGGCCACCACUCCUAACCCCCUUGCACACGCAAAUGCCUCACACACUUAUCCACUCACUCUCGCUGCACAAACAUUUAUUGAGCACCUGUUGCAUGCCAUGCACAGUGUUAGACAUGGGUGCUCACGCAGAGCCUGGUGCUGUACUUGGGGGGCUCACUCACUGCUUUGGGCCUCAGAUGAUCACGUGGGACCUGUUACUGUUGGGGGGCUAUCCCUGCCUCAGACUGUCACCUACGCUCGGGCUCACACUCCUCCGACGAUCACCCCUAAGGACCUCCCUCACCCUGGAGGAGAGCUUGACCACCUCCAGCGUUCCUCAGCUCGCAAGGCCGGUGAUCCCCACCAUGGCCACGAGGGGGCGCCGAGGCACCGCAGCCGCAGGGUCCCGCGCGUGCGCACUCCGUGCACUGCUGCGCGUCCCGCUGCGUGAAGCGAUGUCCUAGAGCGGCCGCCGCUCAGGGGAGUUGCUGGCGGUCAGGGCUCCAGGUCCCACCUCGGCCAAGCCAGAGGGAUGAGCAGUCACGCUGUCGCUUGAAGAUCUACGAGGUGUCGUCCAAUCCGCACAGCGGCCACCGUUUUCUGGAUGAAAAAACUGAGGCCCAGUGACCUGCCUGCUGCUCACUGUCCACUGUUACUGCACCCCGUGUCCCUGGACCCGCUCCCGGCCUCUCUAGUCUGACGGCAGCUCCCAGCGGGGUGCCCCCGCUCUUUGGAGAUAAAUAAAUGCAGU